AUGUUUUGGGAAGCGUCGGGCGACCGCAGCGGCGCCCGAGGCCUCGUCCCCACGCCCGUCGACACACUAAGCCGGUCGGCGUUCGUGUUUGGCCCAAACAAUUUGAAUUGGCAGUGGUGGCGGGCUACCGCCAAGAACUCGCUGUGUCGCCAGCUCAUGUUUAACUCGACGUCGAUUCUCGCCGACGUCCGUGGCGACGCGAUCGACCAGCCUGGCUACGCUGGCUCGUGUUUGGUCAUCAAGUCGCGCGCGCUGUGCACGUUCCGCUGGUUCUUUUCAACCCACGUCAACUUGUGGCCAUGCGACGCGACCAAUCGAAACCAACUCUGGGCAUGGCCAGUUGCGCCUCGUCGCCCAUACCGGUGCAUCAUUCCAUCGUCAUUCCAAGCCAACACGGUCGUGGCCACCUCCGACUGGGAUGGUGGCGCAGACGGUACAUUCCGGCCAUGCGGUGCUGGACCGAAACAGAGUCGAAGCAUGUAACCAAAGCUCCUUCCAGAGCACUAAGUUGAUCCAUUAUGAAUGCGCUAGCCGGUCCCUGCGUCACACGUGGUCUGUCCUUCGACAGGUUCGGCCGCCGUGCCAUGGCGCAAGUGCCGCACCAACUUCUCUGGCGGUCGUUCGAGUGGGAUGGUGUGUUGCACGUGAUGCUACAAUCAGGUCUUGGCCAUAUAUUUUUCGUCCCAUCUUCGCAAUGCGGGCGACGUCGACUGCCGUGGCCGUCGCGGCCAUGGCGCAGGGGUUUACGUC